AUGGCGCUGUCACUGGAAGAUGCCAGGCUGAGGAGAAUCAGCUGGAAUUGGGGUGGGGAUUUCGCUGGAAUUGUCAGGGGGGUGGGACACAAGGAGUAUGUGUCAGAGCUAUCACAACUGGCAGUGGAUGAAGGGCGGGGGGAAGCUGGAGAAUAUUUGCUGGGGUUAGGCGAAGCUGGGGAGGGUUUGGUGAUGCUAGGCGAAGCUGGAGAAAAUUUGCCAGAGCUGGGCGAAGCUGGGGGAAAUUUCCUAGGGCUGGGCGAAGCCGGAGAAAAUUUGCUUGGGCUAGGCGAGGCCGGAGAGAAUUUCCUGGGGCUGGGCGAAGCUGGGGGAAAUUUCCUGGGGCUGGGCAAAGCCGGAGAGAAUUUGCUUGGGUGGGCAGAGCUGGAGAAUAUUUGCUAG